CAGCCGCCAAUUCUCUCUCUCGCAUAUUCUGCUCUCCUUCGUCUCCACACUUGCAAACUGUACGUAUUACUAUUUAGAUAGAGCGAUCAAGAGACAGCGACGGAAGAGCUAAACAGAUAACAUAGGAAUUUUUCAGAUAAUUAAGGUUUUUUCUUGUGAAAAAAACAAAUACAUGGAGGUGAAGCACCGAGCGGUACGGUACCUGAUUACCAAGCUGAGUUCGGUGUCGGAGCAGACCCGAGUAGAGGCCCUGAGCGAGCUCCGGCUCAUGACCAAGCACGACGCCAACGCCCGCCCCCUCAUCGCUGAAGCCGGAGCCAUACCUUACCUAGCCGAUACCCUCUACUCAUCGUCCCACGUAGCCCAGGAUGAUGCCGCCGCCACCCUCCUCAACCUCUCCAUCUCCUCCCGCGCCGCUCUCAUGUCGACACGCGGCCUCCUCGACGCCCUCUCCCACUUGCUUCGACACCAUGCCUCCUCCUCGUCCCCCACAGCGGUCCAGUCCUCCGCGGCAACUCUCCACAGCCUCCUAAUCGAGGACGAGUACCGCCCCAUCAUCGGAUCCAAACGCGAUAUUAUCUACUCCUUGAUCGACGUGAUAAAACAGUCCCGCUACGCCGUUAGAUCUGUCAAGGACGCCCUCAAAGCCCUGUUUGGUAUCUCGCUAUACCCUUUGAACCGCAAGACGGUUGUUGAUCUGGGUGGCGUCGGACCGUUAUUUUCUCUGAUACUGAAAGGCUCGGCUACUGGGAUCAUAGAGGACGCGACGGCUGUGAUAGCGCAGGUGGCGGGGUGCGAGGAGAGUGAGGAGGCGUUUAGGAAGGCUUCGGGUACCGGGGUUUUGAUGGAUUUGUUGGACGUGGCGACGGGAUCGAGCAUGAGGGUGAAGGAGAACGCGGUGGCAGCGCUAUUGAAUUUAGUGAGGUGCGGAAGGGAGAGGGUGGAGAGGGAGGUAAGGGAGAUGGGGCUACUGGUGGUGGAGGGAAUUGCCGAUGUCGCGGAGAAUGGGAGACCUAAGGGAAAGAGCAAGGCAGUGGCGCUGCUGAGGGUGCUCUACGGUGGGAGCAACGGGUGUGUGGUGAGGGACGAGCGGUUUGAUUCUUUGUUGAAUCAUUAACAACAGUACAGUUCAUGAAAUCUGGUGUUUUUAUUUGGUAUGAUAUGUUACGAUUAGAACUGUACAUUAAGAUAUAUGUAAAUUAGCCAUUGUUUUCAUGAUUUCAUCGUGUUUAUCUUUAGAUCAUAAAUGGAGAAACGAUAUUGAGUUUCUUGA